AUGUCUACUAUCACAUUAAAUGAUCAGCUUGUUCAAAUCGUGUUUGGUUUGGCCAAUUUAAAGCUGGAUAUUCCUUUGACCAAUGUAUCAUUGCCUGUACUUGAUGUACUCUUUGCUAUUUUGAUUCAUUAUUCGUAUCGUCAAGCGUUAGGUGUUGCACACUCACAAGUAGGCUGGUAUCAAGGAUUAUUAGCAACGGUUGUUAUGGCCUCAGGUGGUGGUUCGACCGUAGCCAUUCUGAGAGGAGAACCUAUUGGCAUCUUAAAGAGUAAUGAAUUCUGGGCUAUUCACUGUACAACUUAUUUUGCAAUGGCUUCUAAUCCUUAUGUCUAUCAAAUUGUCGACUUUUUAUUUUCAGUGCCUUUGGUUGAACAUAUUUUUACAUUAUCUGAUAGUAUCUUGCGUGCUUUAGCCAUGGUUCAGUCUGGUAUUGAAGGAGUUACGGCUAAUCCUGAUUUAGGCGCGGAUAAAAUCGUGGCAAAAAUCCUGUGUGGUACAUUGGCUGGCUGUGGUGGUGGUUUAUGGAUUGGUAAAGAUGGAUGGAUUUGUGUAUGUGAGGUUGACUAG